AUGGCCAACGCUCUCAAAGGCGCCAAUGCCAGCACCAAGGAAAAAGAUCUGGCCCGCACUUCAGCCAGUGCCAAAGACUCUUUCAGCUUGAUUUUUGGCCGAGUCAAACCGGUCAUCCAGCUUGACGGCUCCACUGUCAACGAAUUCCACCCAUCCGUCCUCACUGACGACUUUGUCACAUUCUUGGAAAUCGGUUCGAUCAAAGAGGCCCUACGCCACCUCCAUGACACCUUUGCCCACAUCACCGAUACCCUCACCACUCGGAACAAUUACGACCGAAACGUCAACUUCGAUAUUGCCCUCUUCCAACACGCUACAGUCACUGCCCUCAAAACAUGCAGCUUUGGAGUUCGCCCCCUCACCAUGCACCCCCACAAAGCCACCUCACUUCUCAGCCUCCUAGCUUGGCUCCCACCGAACAAAAAUGAUGUCAGGUACACCACUUUCCUCUCGGAAGGCCGAGACAUAAUCCGCCAGGAAGCCAUGGAAGAAGACAAGUCCAAGCAAGCCGCGAAAAAGACAGACAUCUUUGUUCAUGGCGACAUCAGUUCUGUCAAAGCUCUGAUCAAGAUGUUAGCAAAUUUCUUUGCCUUUGUCAAAUACUGUGUCGAAGACUUUACCUUCGAUGACCCCCCAUUAAUUGUCACACUCUUGGAGGAUUUCAUGAACGCCCUCCACACACCUGCUGCCAAAGAUUGGAUCCGUUACAAUGCCGUAGUCCCACACCUCCCAUUGUGUGGGAGCCGCCAAAAACAAAACGACUCAAAGUAA